AGUGAAGCCAUUUAGCCACGCCAUUCUGCCCUUUAUUUAUACCGCACUUUUCUUAUUUAUUUACACUUCCUCUGUAUUACUACCAACUCUCCCACACAAAUUUAAGCGCUCUCUCUGUUUCUCUCUCUUCCUCUCCUCUCAAUUACACACACUAAAACCCGUUAAAUGUGUGUGUAGAUUCGACUAUACUGUUGUAAUGGCGAUGAAUCAAAGUGGGUUGGGUCCAAUUUUCUCGUUCAGGAGUGGGGAUUUUGGUGGGUACAUGACCGACUUGGAGAAGAGACAGCUGUUCUUGAGGAGCUACCAGUUUAGCCGGAAGAAGACGGUGGCUGAACGGAUUAGAGGGUCUUUCUUUAGAGUUAAAAGGGUCAUCUGGGGUCGUCUCAGAUCGGCCAAAAAGAUUCGGAAAAUGGUUUGGUCAAGGAUUAAGCAUGGCUUCUUCUUCACCUCUGCUUGCCGGAGAAGAAGAUCUUCUUAUAACUUCCUCCGCCUUCAAAACAAUCAUUACAGUUACAGCUACUUUGCCACUCAUCGUCAUCACCACCACCAUGGUUCCUCUUGCUUAUGGUAGAAUUUGGAUUAUAUUUGUUCUUUUAAUUUUUUUUAAUUUAUUUGGGGAAAUUUCACUUUUUUUUUUUUCCGUUCUGGUUCUGGGCCAUCUUGAAUUGAUUUGUAGUACCAUGUGUAGUAAUGGUGGAAGGGGGAAAUAGAAACAUCAAAUGGGUUUUGGCCGGCUCUGUUCUUAGAUUUGAUGUUAUUAGUGUGUGAAUGUGUGCUGGCGAGCUGACAAGUUCUCUCAAUAACAGAAUUCAUGUAUGUAGUAUCAAUUGGGUUUUUUGAUCUAUUCGUCAUUUCCAAAUUGGUGAUUAUGUUGUUUAUUGGAUAUAUGUUGUAGUAGUAGUAUACUCUAUACACAAGUAUCCACAUUAAGUUCUGAUUAUA